AUGGAGAGCUGUCGUGAGCUCAGAAUCAUGUGUGCAGUGGAGGUUCUGCUGUCGCAAAGACCUGUUUCUAAACCACAGGAUGUGGCCAGAGGGAAGGGUUGUCACUUCCAGGAGCAGGAGACGAGGACUGCAGCCUUCACCUUCUUGUCUUUUGUCCCUCCCUGUGUCUCCAUCUCACAAACCACCCUGCAAAGAGACCACACGACAGGGCACAGAGGGCAGCUUCUGGUUAACAGCCAGGGAGGGACCGAGGCACUAGAGAAACGAUCUUGUCCACAACCAAACCUCCGUUUCCCUAAAAGAUGCGGCGGGGGCUCCAGCUUUGUGGCGCAUCGGCGCUCUCCCGUCCUGCUGCAGACCUCCUGCCCACAUGCUGCCACCCACCCUCUGUGCUGCCGCCCUUGGAGAGGAUCACCUCAGACCCAUCGAGAGCAGUGCCGUGCCGCGGGACCCCAAGUCCUUUGGAGCAGGUCACGGUGUGCCGGCCUGUGUCAGGAGAGGGACUGGACCGCCAAGGCUGCCAGGAGCCCAGGGAGCCAGCCACAAGGAAGCCUCUCCCCGGGAGCUUCAGAGGGAGCCCCCCCACCCCCGACUUCAGCCUCUGGCCGCUGGCGCACACCAGACAAGAUCUGCUCCUGGGAGCCAAGGGCUCUGGGUUUGGCGAUCCAGCCCAGGCCCCUGGUGUCGACGGGAUCCAGAGCGGACACCGUCCUGUCCAAGGUUACGUAGCAAGGCAGUGCAUGGUCUCUGGCCUGCUCCCAGGGCUGCUCCUGCACCCUAACCUCCCUGCUGAGGUUCUCCAGGCCAGAGGGGUGGCCGUCUGGGGCUCAGGGCCCCAGGCUGGGACCCCAGGUGGGCAGAGGGCAGGCAAGCCACCCCCGCUCAGCAUCCUGUCCCCUCUGGCUGUGAGCACAGCUGGACACACCGAAUUGCUGUCACGGUUGUCAUCUGCCCUGGCACCAAGCCAGGGCUGUUACCGCGAGUGCCAUUGCCAUGGAAACCAUGAGUCAGGGCCGCACUUAGCAAAGCCAAACAUGCCGGGGACUCUUGGGGCCUCUCUGGCAACAGAGAGGUGCUGCCUGGCACGAACAUCUCCUUGGGA